AGGGCGAGCUGUACGACAGCGGUGGCGGGGGAGCGCGUCGUGGGCAGCCGGCAGGCUCCGAGGCGGUGAGCGCAAAGCCUCAGGCCUCGGCUCCAUCCUUCGCUGCGCCGUGCCAGGCCGCCCGCCGGGAUGCAGUGGGCCGCGGGCCGGCUGUGGGCGCGGGCCGCGCUGCUCCUGGCUGUCGCAGCGGUGCUGACCCAGGUCGUCUGGCUCUGGCUUGGUACUCAGAGCUUCGUCUUCCAGCGCGAAGAGAUCGCGCAGCUGGCGCGGCAAUACGCUGGGCUGGACCACGAGCUAGCCUUCUCUCGGUUGAUCGUGGAGCUGCGACGGCUGCACCCAGGCCAUGUGCUGCCCGACGAGGAGCUGCAGUGGGUGUUCGUGAAUGCAGGCGGCUGGAUGGGCGCCAUGUGCCUUCUGCACGCCUCGCUGUCCGAGUAUGUGCUGCUCUUCGGCACCGCCCUGGGCUCCCGCGGCCACUCGGGGCGCUACUGGGCUGAGAUCUCGGAUACCAUCAUCUCUGGCACCUUCCACCAGUGGAGAGAGGGCACUACCAAAAGUGAGGUUUUCUACCCAGGAGAGACGGUAGUACAUGGGCCUGGUGAAGCCACGGCUGUGGAGUGGGGGCCAAACACAUGGAUGGUGGAGUACGGCCGGGGUGUCAUCCCAUCCACCCUGGCCUUUGCCCUGGCUGACACUGUCUUCAGCACCCAGGACUUCCUCACCCUCUUCUAUACUCUUCGCUCCUAUGCCCGGGGCCUCCGGCUUGAGCUCACCACCUACCUCUUCGGCCAGGACCCUUGACCAGCCAGGCCUGAAGGAAGACCUGUGGAUGGACAGGAGCGGGCAGGCCCGCAUAUAUCCACUUGCUGGAGCCCAUGUUUACAGACAGGGACAUACUCACACCAUGCAGAUCCUGAGUUCCUGCUGUAUAAGCAGGGAUAUCCAUGCUUAUGUAUCCAAAAACAGAGACCCAUGGGAACAAAUGAGACACAUAUAGACACUGAGACCUGUGCGUACAGUAGGACCAUGCACUCACACCCAUCCAGAGAGGGAGCCCCUGGUAUACCAAGGGAGCCAGUUGUGUUCAAACACACAUCACAAGCUUGACUCACUAACUCAGGCCUUUCCAGAGCUCCACAGCUUCCUACCCCCUCCCCACCAAACGGGUUCUGGAGUUAAGGUUGGGAGAGGGUAUUAUACUGUCUCACUCUGACUCCUCAAUCCAGCAGCAAUUUGAGGGGGAAGAGGAGCUGCCCUUUGGAGGCCCCUUUCACCUGCAGCUAUGAUACCCUUCCCCUUCUCCCCUGUCCUCACCAUAUGCCUUAUCCCCUUUCUACUCCCCUGCUAUGCAAGUGCCCCUGUGGCUUGUCCCCAGCCCCCUCAGCAACAAAGUCAGCUGGGGAACCAGAGUAAUGUGAAGAAUGCUUGAAGUCAGAGUCUUCCAUCCCAGAAAGACCCCCAUUCCUUCUUUGGAGGUGUGAUGGGGAAACUGGUUUCAGCCCAGGACCCACCACUGAGGAGAGGAUCUAGACAGGUGGGCCUAAUUCCAAGGGGCCCUUCCUGGCCUGGAGAAGGCCUUUUACACACACAAACACACACAUGCACAUAAAUACACACACAGCCCCUGUUGCAUUCUCGAUCCAUCUGUCUGUUUCUGUUAAUAAAGAUUUGUCGAUCUGUU